GUUGGAUGACGUCAGUUUCAUUCUGACAAUCUGGAUUUUGUAAACAUAUAGUGAAAACUCUGAUUUUGACUUUUUGCUACUUACUCUUCAAUAUUUCUUAGCUGAAAUAUAUUUAGCAAUGGGUGAAGAUAUUCUUGCAACAUUUAAGAUACUUAUUAUUGGUGAGAGUGGAGUGGGGAAAUCAAGCUUGAUGCUCCGAUUUGUGGAGGAUAAUUUUGAUGCUGAUCAGUCUAUAACAAUAGGUGUUGAUUUUAAGACAAAAAUCGUCAACAUCGACGGAGUAAACGUGAAGCUGGCUAUCUGGGAUACAGCCGGACAGGAGAGAUUUCGCACAUUAACACCCAGUUACUACCGUGACGCUCAAGGAGCCAUUCUUGUUUACGAUGUGACCAAGAAAAACACCUUCCAGAAACUGGAUCUGUGGCUCAAUGAGUUGGAAAUCUAUGGCACUCGUCCGAAUAUGGCAAAGAUGGUAGUUGGUAACAAAAUAGACCAGCCCAAUAGGGAAAUGAGCCGGGAUGAUGGCUUUAAGUUCGCCAAGAAGCACAGAACUCUGUUCGUGGAGACGUCUGCCAAAACAAGCGAGGGUGUGAGAUCGACAUUUGAGGAAGUGGUUCGCAAAAUUAUGGAGACGGAUGGCCUGUGGGAGAGAAAUGUCAGGAGUGAUACAGUAAAUCUGAGCGAUGAUAGAUCACAGUCAUUCUGUUCGAGCUACUGCUCAUUGCUAUAAGUGUUGUGCUCAGGAAGUACACGGAGAAUUGCGUCGAGGAGAUGUGUUGACAGUUUUCCCGUGAAAGGAAAAAGGCAUUAAUAUUUCAGCGCUUGUAUCACACAAAAGUUGGUGUAAUUUUUCAAGGGGGAACAUCUUCAUUUAUUUUAUCUCCGUUCCUACAUUAUUUAUGCAAUUAGCAUGAGAUUUUCUGUUAUGUAUAGUCCAAAAGGUAGGAGAGUCAACACACACAUCUGCAUAAUUAAUUCAAUAAUAUUAAUUAAUUACGGUGUCUCUCAACUAUAUACCGCUCUACACAAAAAGCUCUAUCUGUCUGGAGACAACGUUAGGAGCAGAUAAGAGAUAAUAAGAAUAAUUGAUGUGAAUCAAACUUUCAUAUAAUGGAAUCUUUCACAAAAAUAGCACAUAUAUAUAAUGAUGGAACUAUAAAUAUCUAGAAUGGUGUAAAUAAAUUUUAUAUUUGAAAUGCAACAACAUACUAUCAACGAUUCUCGUACAUUAUGUACAAAGCAUGAUUAUGUGAUUUAUGGACAUUUAUAAAUUUGUGUUAAAGCAAAGUAGUCAUUUUUACGAAAUAUGAAAAAAUGGUACUUCACUGGCCAAUAGAAUGGAGAAUAAAUUUGAGAGGAUAUUAGAACUUACAAA